ACUAAUCAGAAUGCCGAAUUUUCGGAGACCGAUUACAAAUACGGAAAUACCAGACAAAAUCUUCAACCAACAACUUGUAUUUUAAUUGUAUCAUAUAUAUUGGUAGAUACUGAACGAGGCACAGAGUGAACAGAACAAUACAGUUAGCAAGUUAAAUUUUAUUUUUCGUUCUAUGGAGUUUUUGCAGUUUAUAUCAUGGGCGUGCAUCGUGUUUACACUUGGAAUGUUUUCGACAGGACUGACCGACCUGAAGAAAAUGAGGGCGACUCAGAGUGCAGAUAAUGUUCAGUUCCUGCCUUUUCUCACCACCUGCCUUAAUAACCUGGGGUGGCUGUACUAUGGGUUGCUGAAGAAGGAUGGCACCUUGGUCCUUGUCAAUACCAUUGGAGCAGCCCUGCAGGUCCUGUACAUCAUGGCCUAUUGUCAUUACACCAAAACUAAGAGGCGGGUGUCGGCGCAGACCCUGGCGGCCGGCGCGCUGCUGGGCGGGGCCUGGGUGUACUUCAGCGUGUUCCUCCCCGGCGGAGAGCGGCAGCUAGCCCAGCUGGGCCUCGCCUGCAGCGUCUUCACCGUCACCAUGUACCUGUCCCCGCUGGCUGACCUGGUGGAGAUAGUGCGCAGUCGGUCUGUGGAACGUCUCUCCUUCCCUCUGACUGUGGCCACGUUCCUCACCUCUACCUCCUGGACCCUGUAUGGGCUCCAGCUCCAAGACUACUACAUCAUGGUACCAAACACCCCUGGGAUUAUCACAAGUCUCAUCAGAUUCUUCCUGUUUAGGAGAUUUGCACCAGUCAGUCAGGAUGUGGCCUCCUACAAACUGGUACAUAUGUGAAGGGGGUGGAGCUUAAGUGUCUUUUGUCUGUACAUAAAGACACUGCCACUUGGGAGCUUCCUGCCAAGGCCUUGGUUACAAACAAAGCAUUCUAUUUGCUAACAAGCUUCACUGUUUUAGCCAAUCUCACUCAAGGGUUUUAGAAAUGUUUCUGUGUUCAUGAAUAUUCAUGAGCUGGCAGUAAAAACUUAAUAAAUAGAAUGCAUUGGGUA